UUUGACUGACAUCUUAUAUGUACAUACAUACUCAUAUAUAUUUCCAUAUAUAUGUAUAUAUGUUUGCUUGUGGUUAUAUGCAAACUGAUCAAUUGAAACGCUGAUUCACUUGUUUGCGACAGUUAAUUAAAUAACAAUAAUACCUUUAUCUGACCAACCAGUGAGUGUAACGAUUUAAAGCAGAGGCUUGGCAAUUAUAGCGGAUCACUCAUACCGUUAUUGAAAAACACAGAAGCGUACGCACAUCAUCAUGAGACUUUGUUGGAAUAGUACAAUAUUCGCAGUGCUGCUCUUUAUAGCAUUGUUUAAUGUUGGCAAUUGUUUUUGGCCUUUUGGUAAAAAAGACAAAGCUCCACCAAAACCAGAGCCGCCAAAGGAGCCAAGAUUGAGUCCUGUUAUAUUUGUGCCCGGCGAUGGCGGCUCUCAAGUCGAGGCACGCUUGACCAAGUCGAAUUCUCCUUUCAUUAUAUGCGAGAAGACACAUGACUGGUAUAAUCUUUGGUUGGACCUGGAGCAGUUAGUCAUACCGAUGGUUUACUGUUGGGUUGAUAAUGUGAAGCUCUACUAUGAUAAGGUAACAAGAACAACGCACAAUACGCCAGGUGUAGAGACACGUAUACCCGGCUGGGGUGAUCCGGACGUAGUAGAAUGGAUAGAUCCCACGAGAAACAAGGCUGGUGCUUAUUUUAAGGAUAUCGCCAAUGUGUUAGCAGAUCUGGGCUAUGUACGCCGUCAAAAUAUACAUGGUGCUCCCUACGACUUUCGACGAGCGCCAAAUGAGAAUAAGCAAUUCUUCAUUGAUCUCAAGCAGCUGGUGGAGGACAGCUAUGAGGCUAAUAAUCAAACAGCCGUCACUUUUAUAUCGCACAGCAUGGGAAGCCCCAUGACCCUUGUCUUUUUACAGGAGCAGACAGUCGAAUGGAAGGCUCAAUAUGUUCGUCGUCAUAUUAGUUUGGCCGGCGCCUGGGCCGGCAGUGUAAAGGCAGUCAAGGUGUUUGCUAUGGGCGAUGACCUGGACUCGUUCGCUUUGAGUGCCAAAAUUCUGCGUGAAGAACAGAUCUCGCAUCCUUCUACCGCUUGGUUGCUGCCAUCGCCGCUCUUUUGGAAACCAUCUGAAGUGCUGGCUUCAACACCAUCGCGUAAUUACACCAUGGCUCAGCUGGAGGAGUUCUUCAAUGAUCUUGAUUACAGGACGGGUUGGGAAAUGCGGAAAGAUACAAUGCGCUAUACACAAAACUUUAGUCCUCCAGAUGUUGAGUUGCAUUGCUUAUAUGGCGAUGGAGUUAGCACAGUAGAGAGCUUGCAAUACAAAAAGGACACCAUAAACGGGGAAACGCCCAAGCUUAAAAUGGGAUAUGGCGACGGUACAGUAAAUCAACGUUCGCUACGUGCCUGCCAGAGUUGGGAGGGCCUCACAUCCUCUCAUAUAUCUACACUUGCUCUACAGGGUGUCGAUCACAUGGGCAUUCUGGUCCAUCCAGAUGUCCUUCAAUAUGUGCGCACUGUUAUGCUACAGCCAUAAACUACUUCAAAUAUACAAAUCUGAUACACAAUAUUUUAAAUUUGGAGUCUCCAAAAGUGAUCAAGUGUUUGCAUAAAUCGGACAGCUAAAUGUUAAUUAAUAGUUCAAUAAUUGAAGCUCUAAAAAUGUUUGCUUAAAUAUGAUAUGUUCAUUUAAUAAAAUGUUUAAGUAGC